CCUUAGGCUAUUCAAUUCAUUGCUAUGGAUGUUACGGUGUUACCUAACCUUCCCAAUACACAAACAUCUCAUAUACCGUACAUAUCACCGGAAGGAAAACCGAAUAUCUGAAAGUGAUGACUCGCUCAACAUGGCUGAAUACGAAGUGAGUAGUGUCGGAAGCCAUGUUGGCCAACUGCUAAGGACUAUGGGAAACUGGAGUAGACCCAGUGGCCAGGGUCUCUACAUGGUUCGUUCUAUCUUUGUAGCUUCUUCAACUGCAGCACUCGUAGGCUUAGCCGCCGCCGCCGCCUCCGGUAUAGUCACUGGCAGCGGGAGCCUGGGAUUCCUCUUGGGGUCGUGCCUGGGCUUCGUGGGUGGUUCCGUGCAUUACUAUCGUAUGUGUCUGGCGCAGGCGCUAGCUUCGCUGGAUGAGCACCCUCGCCUCAUGCGAUUGCAUCUGGCCUAUAAUUUCCCCUGGCUGGGUUACCAGCACCUACGGGGAUAUCAGCUACGCCCCGAGCAUUGGAUCACGAGCACCUUCGCCCGUCAAGGAAACCUUAUCGCCGCCUGGCAGAGUGCGUCGACUGCCUUGGACGAAAUACACGAUCGCAAGACGAGCCUAAUCCUUGACAUUAUCGUCAAAGAGGAGGCCGUCAAGGGGCUACCUGCCGACAAGGAGGAGUGACCUCGGAGUUGAUAUAAUUGUGUAAAUAUGCUUUACUAUUCUACCGAAUGCUGACCUUGUUCACUUCAUCGAGUGGUACAAAUAGGGGCAAUAGUCAGGCUUACCCUGGACUGCUGGACUUGGCGCGAAUUCAACUCAUUCGGCAGUCUAGGUCAAUGAUAUAGCCCCCUAGUCGGUAGGAGCAAC